ACAUUCUGUGGUAUAAACCAAACCACAGUCCAGCGAGCGCAGCUGUCAGGUGUGCGUCACCUUGACCACUGAUCAGUCUCCGCGCGCUCUGCUUACCGACACCGAGAUGUUGUACUGUCCUACCUGACUUUCCUUAGCUGUUUCUCUGCUUCUGCACGUGAAACAGAGCGCGACUGUCCCUUUGCCUGCGAGCCAAGAGGAGCGAGCGGGUUAUCAUGAGUUGUCUGGAUGUUAUGUACCCGGCUUUUGGUCAUUACCCACCGUACGCGCACAAAGCUUCAGCAUUCAUCAGCACAUUACCGGCACCCCUUGGUCUGAGAAGCCCCUCGUCUCGCUGCAGGGAUCUGAUGGACAGCGUGGGGGUCCCGGUUUCUGCCAGAAGCUCCAGCUCGGGGGGUCCGUCUCCAUCCCCAUACUCUUCUUCCGGACAGGUAGAGGAGACUACGAAGGACAAGGAGGUCGGGGAGGCAGAAUAUCUGAGCUCACGAUGCAUUCUCUUCACCUACUACCAAGGGGACAUUAGCAGCGUGGUGGACGAACACUUCUCCAGAGCUCUCAGCACCUACAUGGAGGCCGAGGGCAAAAAGAGGCACAGCGAUCCCAGCACAGAAGCUUCAUCCUCAAGCAGUCGACGCAGUUUCCCUCCAUCUUUCUGGGACAGUAACUACCCCCCUCCGCCCAGCCGUCCCCAUUGUGAUCCCACCUACGCUAUGGACCCGUACGCCCAGGCCUUGCACCCCGGUCUGCCUCACUCACACGCUCACCCACACCCAUCAGAGUCCUGGAGCUACUCUCAAAGCCAGUCCUAUCCCCCACCACGGCCCCUCCAUGAACUGUACUCUAAUCCCGGGCUGGAUGCCCACUAUGGACCUCUGCUGAUGCCUGCCGUCCGGCCGCCUCAUCUCUCCACGCUGCCUGGGCAUUAUGAAGUGGGAAAGCUGGAACCCACUGCAACAUGGCCAGGGCUGCUUCCGCCUGGGGAAGUGGCACAGAGUCUGGCUCUCAACAUGGAAUCAGGUCUCCAGCACCACAAGAAAGGGAAGGAGCUGUACUGGUUUUAAUGAGAAGCCCUUCAUCGACCACCCAAUUAAAGCCUGCAGUUUGGCCCAUUGUAGCCGAACUGUUGUUUCUUUAGCCCCCGCGCACACCGGCUCUCCACCAGCUCUGCACACGCUCUGAACACGCUCCAGGACUAUUUGUGUGCACCAUGGAGAUAUGAACAUAGGUUGAUGAGAGAACGCCUGGGGGAGGCAGGGGCACUAGACGACAUGGUCUUUCUGUUUUUGAUCCGUUUUCCUCUUUUUGAUCUUUUUUAAAUUAAUUUAUUGUGGUGAAAAAAUCCAGCUUGCCCUCUUCAGUUCUCAGUUUGGACGUUGAGACGCAAGAAACAUCGCAUGGUGCAGUAUAUAUGGAAUGAUACAUUUCAUAAAAAUCUGGCUGUUUAUAUUGAUUGAAUAAGGAUGGCAGUAAUAUGUUUGUAUUGUAUCUUUGCAUUAUUUUUUUUCUUCUCAUGUACAGUAUUUUUAUUUAUAUAUACAAUGGUAUUUAUGUGUUUCAAUUAAAAUAAACUCACGGCCAGUGCUGUUUUUUUUCUCGCUUUUUGUUUUUUCUUAACAUGGUGUGAAACAGUUCAAAUAAAAAGAUCUCAAAGAAUUAAUAAACCAAAAGAGUGAAAUAAAAUUAUUUCCCAAGUUACAGUAAUAGAACUGAAAAGGUUACAUUGAUGUUGUUAUAAGGGGAAAGUCAUUUGAGGUGUAUUUUUUAUGUUUCGGUCUACUUGAAUUCAAAAUGAAAAGACUAAAAAUGCAAGAAGGUGUUUGUAUUUCCUUAUUAAACAUGCAUUUAAAUAUGUUGC